AUGAGAAUUUUAGUGUUUGAAAAACGAAACAAUAGGUUUUUGCCAACUAGGAAGAACAGGGAGAGGCGGAGACUAGAAAAAGAAACACGUGAAUCAAUUCUGAAGCUUAUUGAGACCAAGAGCAACACGGGAGAAAAUGCAAGAAAUGUACUAAGUUCUUUGAUGUGUUCCUACAAGAAUGAGGUUGGUGGAGAAGAAAAGUUAAGGGUGGAAGAAAUUAUAGAUGAAUGUAAAACCAUCUACUUUGCUGGGAAGGAAACUACAGCUAACUUGUUAACUUGGACACUUCUUCUAUUAGCAAAACAUCAGGAAUGGCAAAGUAAGGCACGUGAAGAAGUUCUUCGUGUUAUUAAACACAAUCAACUUCCUGUUGCGGACAAUUUAAGCGACCUUAAGAUUGUUAGCAUGAUAAUUAACGAAACACUUCGGCUCUAUCCUCCAGCAGUGAUGCUAAUGAGGCAAGCCUCUAAAGAUGUGAUGCUUGGAAGCAUUAAUGUUCCUGCUAAGACUCAACUCUAUUUGGCAUUGACUGCUGUUCAUCAUGACAGAGAAAUCUGGGGUGAAGAUUGCCAUAACUUCAAUCCAACAAGAUUUAGCGAGCCUCGGAAACAUUUAGCUGCAUUCAUUCCUUUUGGAUUAGGCCCUCGAACUUGUGUUGGGCAAAAUUUGGCAAUGGUUGAGGCAAAGAUUGCUCUUUCUUUGAUCAUUCAAAGUUACAGUUUUGUGCUAUCUCCAAACUAUGUUCAUGCUCCUGUACUUUUUAUCACUUUGCAGCCUCAGUGUGGGGCGCAAAUCAUUUUCAGAAGGAUUUCAUAUUGAUGAUUUGUUACUUCCUUUUCCCUUUUCUGUCCUAAUGUGAUUUUUAACCCUGAAGUAUUAUAGCUAUAACAUUUUACUCUUUUUACUUGCAAACCUCAUGUAAACCAGCUUUGAUAACCAGUAAAACCUUUUUAAGUUAAA